ACUUUAUUAAAAUCCAGGCGGGCAUGUGAAGACUUCCUGAGGAGGGCGUCCACACAGAGGUGCUGUGGCCGAAGAAGAAGAAGAAGAAGAAGAAGAAGAAGAAGAAGAAGAAGAAGAAGAAGAAGAAGAGUAUGAAUAUGGAAGAACCUGGUCAGCUUCAUUUAGAGGAAACAGUGUAGUAACGAAACAAGUCCAGCAGAGGGCAGUGAUGACACGUGAAGGACACAAGCUGCCGCCAAAACCCGAAGAAGAAGAAGAAGAAGAACGCGACCUCAGCCGCUCGUGCGUUUCCGGUUACAUGUUACAUGUACUUGUUUGGGAGCAGCUCUCGAUCUCAGGUGAGUGUCCCUGCUGACGCCGCCUCUCGUGUGGACUGACACCAGGACCAGGACCAGGAUCAGGACCAGGACCGGCCAUGCUGCUGCCACUCCUGCUGCGUCCGUCCCUCUGCUCCCCUCACGCCUCUGCCUUCUUGUCGCGGUGCGACGCCGCGAGGACGCUCCGCUCUCAGACUGAACUCUUCCUGCGCCGGACGCUUCCCCUGCGCUUCCAGAGCCGAGGAACCAAGAGCCGAGGCAGAAAGACCCGGGAGCAGGACUGGAAGACCAGGAACAAGACGGUGCUGACUUAUGUCGCCGCCGCCGGCGUGGGGAUGAUCGGCCUGUCGUACGCUUCGGUGCCGCUCUACAGACUCUACUGCCAGGCGGCGGGGCUCGGCGGCACGGCGGUGGCCGGCCACGAUACGGACCUGGUGGAGACGAUGAAGCCGGUGAAGGAGCGCGUCCUCAAGGUCACCUUCAACGCCGACACGCACGCCAGCAUGCAGUGGAACUUCCGUCCACAGCAGUCGGAGAUCUUUGUGGUUCCAGGUGAGACGGCGUUGGCGUUCUACCGAGCCAAAAACCCCACAGACAAACCGAUCAUUGGCAUCUCCACCUACAACGUGGUUCCCUUCGAGGCGGGACAGUACUUCAACAAGAUCCAGUGUUUCUGCUUCGAGGAGCAGCGCCUCAACCCUCACGAGGAGGUGGACAUGCCCGUCUUCUUCUACAUCGACCCGGAGUUCGACGACGACCCGCGGAUGGCCCGAGUCAGCACCAUCACUCUGUCCUACACUUUCUUCGAGGCCAAGGAGGGAGAGAAGCUCCCGCUGCCCGGAUACAGCUACAACUGACCCGAGUCCUGAUCCAGGAACCGGGUCUGGGUCUCGCCCGAGUCCUGAUCCAGAACCCGGGUCUGGGUCUCACAAAGGGGAAAAGAAAGAACAUUUUAUCCCAGACUCUUUUUGGAGUGAGUUUUUUUUCUUUUUUUCUAAUUUAAUGACGAUAAUAUUUUCAUUCUCGGUGGAAAACUCUUGGUGAUGAUUUCAGACUGAACUGAUGAAAUCUGAGAAACUGUUGGUGACGAUAUUACGGUGAAUUAUUAUUAAAGUAAUUAUUCCUACAGCUGAAAAUCAAAGUGUUAAAGACUGAAGAAGAAUCAAUAAAUGACGACUGAUUUCAUUGA